GAGAGAGCCCCCUGCAAUGGACUUCACGAACGGCGAGGCCCGACUGGGCCCUCCCAUCAUCAUGUGUACCCGUCCAUACCCAGACUGCAGUGUGGAGCAGGGGGAGUGUUGUGACAUGGACAGCACCAAUGAGAGCGGCGUGGGCUCUGACACCUCUGACGGGGGGCGGAGCAACGAGAAGGAGGAGGGGCUAGGUGGACUGUUCAACAAUUCUGGCCAGCUGAUUGGCUCGGCUUCUGCGUCGGUCUUCUCGGGGGAGGAACAGUUUGAGGACUACGGAGAGGGGGAGGACGUGGACUACACUCCCAGCAGCCCUUGCCCCGACGAUGACGCUCGCACCAACGGCUUCUCAGACCUCGGCUCCUCCCUGCCCUCCAGUGCUGGUCAGACCCCUCUGAAGAUGUGUCACCAGUACAACAGUGAUGUGUUGGAUGUCUAUUGUUCUCAGUGCUAUAAGAAGGUUAACCUGCUCAACGACCUGGAGGCCAGGCUCAACAACCUCAGAGCCAACAGUCUCAACAGGAGGAUCAGGUCUACUUUGUUCCAACACAACCACAGUGCUUUUAGCAGCAGUCAGGGAAGCACAGAGGACCUGUUCAGAGACUCCAUCGACUCUUGUGAUGUGGACAUUACUGAGAAGGUGAGUUACCUGGAGAAGAAGGUGACAGAGCUGGAGAAUGACAGUCUGGCUAAUGGAGACCUCAAGUGUAAACUCAAACAGGGCAACACACAGCUAGUACACAGGGUUCAUGAGCUGGAGGAGCAGCUGAAGGACCAGGAGGGCAGAGCAGAUCAGACCCUGGAGGAAGAGACACAUAGACACAGAGAGACCUACUGCAAGAUGGAGAGAGACAAGAACACGGACAUAGAGCUGCUCAGUAACAGAGUUCAGCAGCUGGAGGAGGAGAAUGGGGAGAUGAAACUGAACGUGUGUAAACUGAAGUCUCAGACUGAGAAACUAGACCAGGAGAAGCAGCGUAUGACAGACCGGUUGGAGGACACCAGUCUGAGGCUGAAGGAUGAGAUGGACCUCUACAGGAAGAUGAUGGACAAGCUGUGGCAGAACAGACAUGAAUUCCAGAAGGAGAGAGAGGCCAUGCAAGAGUUGAUAGAGGACCUGCGUCGGGAGUUGGAGCACCUGCAGCUGUUUAAGCUGGGUUCAGAGGCGGGGCAGGGGGCGGGGCUAUCAGAAUACAACGCCAAGACACGGGAAAUAGAGAUGGAGCAUGAGGUCAAGAGACUGAAACAGGAGAACUUUAAGCUGCGGGACCAGAACGAUGACCUGAACAGUCAGAUCCUCAGUCUGAGUCUGUAUGAAGCUAAGAACCUGUUUGCCUGCCACACCAAGGCCCAGUCACUGGCUGCUGAGAUAGACAACGCUUCUAGGGACGAGUUGGUGGAUGCUCUGAAGGAGCAGGAGUGUGUUAACCUACGUCUCAGACAGUAUAUGGAUAAAAUCAUCCUGGCCAUUCUGGACCACAACCCCUCUAUCCUGGAGAUCAAGAGUAACAGUUAAACACACACUCACACACACACACACCAUUCUGGACCACAACCCCUCUAUCCUGGAGAUCAAGAGUAACAGUUAAACACUCACACACACACACACACACACACACACCAUUCUGGACCACAACCCCUCUAUCCUGGAGAUCAAGAGUAACAGUUAAACACACACUCACACACUCACACACACACACCAUUCUGGACCACAACCCCUCUAUCCUGGAGAUCAAGAGUAACAGUUAAACACACACUCACACACUCACACUUCCACGCCUGGGGAUGGGACAGAACUUAAAACAACAGACACUCAAAACAACUGACAGCUGUCUGUGGUUUACAGCUGAAACUCGCCGUCUACUCUAUCUGUCAAUCAACUGUUAGAUGUCCCGCCUCCUUUAUCUAUCCCACCAAUGAUGAACUGUUAUUAUGUUGCCAAGAAGAGAAACUGUGGUACUGAAUGACACUAUCCGGAGACUAGCAGUAUUAUGAUGGUGUUCACUUUAUGAUGACGAUAAUUAUUCUAAGUUAGGUUGACACACACUCUCCCUCUGGGUUCACGACCUCCAGGAUGACUGUCCACUAGCCUACAAUGAUGUCAUCAUUUAUUACUGAUUUAACAAUGAGGAAUAUUUGCAAACCGGAGCGCGCCACUUUUGAUUGGCUAACUGAGCUGUUCGAUCACGUUCAAAAGUGGGUAAAGGUCGUAGGGUGAGCGGACGAGGAAGUGUAACAGAUAGUGUGGGUAGGUUAAGACGAGGGAUUUUAAGAUUCCUUCGGGUUAAGGUCUGAUAGCUUGGUAGAGAUGGGAGUCGUUGGUCAUAUUAUGGACGUUCGGAUGUUUGAUGCCGGGAUACAGUAGCAAUCAACCGUGAGGUGAGACUCACCCCUCCCUCCCUCCCCCCCCUGUGCAACGGGGACCAAGGGUGUCUCAAUAGUCACCUCCUCUUCUUUGUCUUCUCUUUCAUCUACACUGACAGGACAGGUGAAAGAUGCCCCACUCAGAUGUUUCCUUUCACCUGUCCUGUCUUCUCUGAUCAGUUCAAAUCAAGGAAAGGAAAGGAAAGGAAGGAGAUGAGGCCACUUCAGACCACUGAGACUCACCCCUCCCUCCCCCUCCUGUCCUCCUCCCUCCCUCCCCCUCCUGUCCUCCUCCCUCCCUCCCUCCCCCUCCUGUCCUUUCUCCCUCCCUCCCCCUCCUGUCUUCCCUCCCUCCCUCUCCCUCCUGUCCUCCUCCCUCUCCCUCAUGUCAAUCAAGGAAAGGAAAGGAAAGUAAAGUAAGGAGAUGAGGCCACUUCAGACCACUGAGACUCACCCCUUCCUCCCCUCCUGUCCUCCUCCCUCCCUCCCUCCCCCUCCUGUCCUCCUCCCUCCCUCCCUCCCCUCCUGUCCUCCCUCCCUCCCUCCCCCUCCUGUCCUCCCUCCCUCCCUCCUGUCCUCCUCCCUCCCUCCCUCUCCCUCCUGUCCUCCUCCCUCUCCCUCAUGUCAAUCAAGGAAAGGAAAGGAAAGGAAGGAGAUGAGGCCACUAUCAGACCACUGAGACUCACCCCAAGUUUAGUCUCCACGCUGAUUCCUCUGGUCGGGAGGGACGUGAAGAUUAUACCUUCUGAUUCUAUGAUCCAGUUCCUCUCUGGCCGUGAAGGUUAUAACUUGUUAUGAAGUGUCAUGACCUGUCAUAAGCAUUUAAGACAGGCGUCAUACUGGUGUCAUAGCGUUGUUUAUAGGCUUAAACGAUGCAUAGUGAACAAAGUGUUAAUAAUAAUGAUACCCUAUUCCCUGUAUAGCGCACUACUUUGGACCAGGGCCCAAUGAUACCCUAUUCCCUAUAUAGCGCACUACUUUGGACCAGGGCCCAAUGAUACCCUAUUCCCUAUAUAGUGCACUACUUUGGACCAGGGCCCAAUGAUACCCUGUUCCCUAUAUAGUGCACUACUUUGGACCAGGGCCCAAUGAUACCCUAUUCCCUAUAUAGCGCACUACUUUGGACCAGGGC